AUGAUGGGUUCAUGUUUUUCAAAUAAAGAAUCAGUUGCUGUUUCAUCGGAUAUAAAUCAAUCUAAUCAAGAUUUUUCUUUACCAUUAAAUCAAUACGUGAACAAAAUACAUGAAAUAACUACACAAGAAGAAUUUAAUAAUUUAAUUACGCACAUACAAAAUCAAAAUAUAUUGAUUCUAUGUGAUUUUUAUGCUAUUUGGUGUCCGCCAUGUUUACAAUGUGCACCAACUAUAGAGAAAUGGGGAUUGAAUGAUUAUAAAACAAGUGUUAUUUUUAUAAAAAUUGAUGUUGAUCAAAAUAGUGAAUUAUCGAAUCAAUAUUCAGUUCGUGCUUUACCAACAUUUAUUUUAUUUAAACAAGGAAAAGAAAUAUUUCGUUUAACAGGAUCAGAUUUAUUAAAGCUUAAAAAAGAAAUUGAUAGACUAAAAUAA